GCCAUUCCGUUGGUUCGUCUGCUUGAGAAAUUAUUUGUUCAAGUUCUCAUUAUCAUUUAGGUCGAGUAAAAUAGUUUUUCCCAUAAUAAAAUGCCGUUUAUGAAAGGUCCUGCUCCGAUCCGAAGAACUUUGGAGUAUUUAGACCGAAAUAAGUUGGUGUUAAAGGAUAGAGUCAAGAUAUUUUCGAUCAACUACAACACAAAAGGUGAAAAUCACGAAGGUGCCCGACAAUUCGUGUUUUGGCACUUGCCUCAGUUACAGUACAAAAACCCCAAUAUUCAGAUAGCUACCUUCAAGAACUUGACUCCUAGUCCAUUUAUACGGUGUUAUUUAGAAAACGGGGAAGAGGUUCUAAUGGAUGUUGAUUUCAAGUCAAAAGAUGAGAUCUAUGAAAGAGUACGCAGGAUUAUUUGCAAAUCAGAAGAAACACUGAAAGCUGAGGAUAAAAUAGAAAACCCAGCUAAUUUUGGAGCUAAAUGCAGCAGACAUUGCAUCUGUGAGGUACCUGGUCAGUUACCUUGCCCAGCUCUUAUUCCUUUGCCAAAUAGUUGGAGAGGAAAGUACAAGUUUCAAAAGCCAGAUGAAUUAUAAAUGAAUUACAAUUGCCCCACAAUGUAGUCAAAUAAAAAAAAAUUUUUGAGAA